AUGAGAUCUUUUUGCGCAGAAAUUUCGCGUAAUCGAAUGCCAGGUAGUGAAUUAUCAGAUGCCCAAAGGAUAUAUAUUUUGGCCCAAGCGGAGGGUGGAUGCAGCACGUCAGAAAUCGCGACGCGUCUGAGCUGCACGCGCCGCGCAGUAAACAAAAUAAUCCAUCAAUGGGACACCGAAGGAACCUACACCAAGCACGAUCGGAUGGGCCGCCCACCCAAAUUAACUAGUAGGGAUCACCGACAGCUGCUUCGAGCCGUAAAAAAAGAUCCCAAGAUCGAGUACCGCGCGCUG